GAGGAGCUGGGCGCGAUGGAGCGGAAGAGGUGGGAGUGUCCGGCGCUCCCGCAGGGCUGGGAGAGGGAAGAAGUGCCCAGAAGGUCGGGGCUGUCGGCCGGCCACAGGGAUGUCUUUUACUAUAGCCCGAGCGGGAAGAAGUUCCGCAGCAAGCCGCAGCUGGCGCGCUAUCUGGGCGGCUCCAUGGACCUGAGCACCUUCGACUUUCGCACGGGCAAGAUGCUGCUGAGCAAGAUGAACAAGAGCCGCCAGCGCGUGCGCUACGACUCCUCCAACCAGGUCAAGGGCAAGCCCGACCUGAACACGGCGCUCCCCGUCAGGCAGACGGCGUCCAUCUUCAAGCAGCCCGUGACCAAGAUCACCAACCACCCCAGCAACAAGGUCAAGAGCGACCCUCAGAAGGCCGUGGACCAGCCCCGGCAGCUCUUCUGGGAGAAGAAGCUGAGUGGCUUGAAUGCCUUCGACAUUGCUGAGGAGCUUGUCAAGACCAUGGACCUCCCCAAGGGCCUGCAAGGGGUGGGGCCGGGCUGCACAGAUGAAACGCUGCUGUCGGCUAUCGCCAGUGCCCUGCACACCAGCACCAUGCCCAUCACAGGGCAGCUCUCGGCCGCCGUGGAGAAGAACCCAGGCGUGUGGCUGAACACGGCGCAGCCCCUGUGCAAGGCCUUCAUGGUGACCGAUGAGGACAUCAGGAAGCAGGAGGAGCUGGUGCAGCAGGUGCGAAAGCGGUUGGAGGAGGCGCUGAUGGCAGACAUGCUGGCCCACGUGGAGGAGCUGGCCCGCGACGGUGAGGCGCCGCUGGACAAGGCCUGUGCCGAGGACGACGACGAUGAGGACGAAGAGGACGAGGAGGAGGAGCCUGACCAGGACCAGGAAAUGGAGCAUGUCUAAGUGGUCUUGCCGAGAGCCCAGUACGACGGGGCCACCAGCUCACCUGUGUACGAGCCGCCUAUAGACUCGGCCCUCGGCCAUGCUUGGGACCAGGCUUGGUGGCCAGGCCCAGCAGGAAGGCAGGCAGCUCCUCCUCGCUCCUUCCCAGGCGUGUCCCCUCCUCCCCUGGGCCUCAAGGGGCAUGGCUGGAGGAUGGCCCCCACCCGAAGGACCCUCUGCUCCUCGCUGAAGGGCCCGGGUUCCAGGAGUGCCAGUUGCUCUUGGGCCCUGCUUGGCAGGAGGCCCCUCCUGGGCUGUGGCUCCACACAUGGAUUUGGGCCCAGGCGGUGCCCCCCGACCUUGCAGCCAGUUGCCUCCCUGUGGCCACUCUCUGACCUCCUGGAGACAGGAGAGCGCCAAGGAGCCAGGGGCCGCCUGUGAGGUCUUUACAAUUGCUGUGUUUCCACGAGGCUGGAGACGUAUUUUUGAAACACAAUCUUGCCCCUCACCUGUGUGGUGUGAGGGACGUUAUUCUGGGGCCAGAAUGUCAGCCCUCCUGAAGCGGCGCAGGACGGCCCCGAGUGAGUGCUUCCGAACGGCUCACUCAGGAUGUCCCUGUCCUUCAAUAAACCCGUGACACAAACA